GUGUCCUGAGGCACAGUGUUCCACCUAAGAGGGGUCCAGAGGCACCGUGUUCCAUCCUAAAUGUGAGUUGUCCAGAGGCACAGUGUCCCAUCCUAAAUGUGAGCUGUCCAGAGGCACAGUGUCCCAUCCUAAAUGUGAGCUGUCCAGAGGCACAGUGUCCCAUCCUAAAUGUGAGGUGUCCAGAGGCACCAUGUCCCAUCCUAAAUGUGAGGUGUCCAGAGGUACCGUGUCCCAUCCUAAAUAUGAGGUGUCCAGAGGCACAGUGUCCCAUCCUAAAUGUGAGGUGUCCAGAGGCACAGAGUUCCAUCCUGAAUGUGAGGUGUCCAGAGGCACAGUGUCCCAUCCUAAAUGUGAGGUGUCCAGAGGCACAGUGUCCCAUCCUGAAUGUGAGGUGUCCAGAGGCACAGUGUCCCAUCCUAAAUGUGAGGUGUCCAGAGGCACAGUGUCCCAUCCUGAAUGUGAGGUGUCCAGAGGCACAGUGUCCCAUCCUGAAUGUGAGGUGUCCAGAGGCACAGAGUUCCAUCCUGAAUGUGAGGUGUCCAGAGGCACAGUGUCCCAUCCUAAAUGUGAGGUGUCCAGAGGCACAGUGUCCCAUCCUGAAUGUGAGGUGUCCAGAGGCACAGAGUUCCAUCCUAAAUGUGAGGUGUCCAGAGGCACAGAGUUCCACCCAAGAGGGGUCCAGAGGCACUGUGUUCCAUCCUAAAUGUGAAGUGUCCAGAGGCACCGUGUUCGAUCCUAAAUGUGAGGUGUCCAGAGGCACAGUGUCCCAUCCUAAAUGUGAGGUGUCCAGAGGAACCAUGUCCCAUCCUAAAUGUGAGGUGUCCAGAGGUACCGUGUCCCAUCCUAAAUAUGAGGUGUCCAGAGGCACAGUGUCCCAUCCUAAAUGUGAGGUGUCCAGAGGCACAGAGUUCCAUCCUAAAUGUGAGGUGUCCAGAGGCACAGAGUUCCACCCAAGAGGGGUCCAGAGGCACUGUGUUCCAUCCUAAAUGUGAAGUGUCCAGAGGCACCGUGUUCCAUCCUAAAUGUGAGGUGUCCAGAGGCACAGUGUUCCACCUAAGAGGGGUCCAGAGGCACCGUAUUCCAUUCUAAAUGUGAAGUGUCCAGAGGCACUGUGUUCCAUCCUAAAUGUGAGGUGUCCAGAGGCACUGUGUUCCAUCCUAAAUGUGAGGUUUCCAGAGGCACAGUGUCCUAUCCUAAAUGUGAGCUGUCCAGAGGCACAGUGUCUUAUCCUAAAUGUGAGGUACCCAGAGGCACAGUGUUCCACCAAAGAGGUGUCCAGAGGCACAGUGUCCCAUCCAUGAUAUGAGGUGUCCAGAGGCACAGAGUUCCACCUAAGAUUUGAGGUGUCCAGAGGCACAGUGUCCCAUCCUAAAUGUGAGAUGCCCAGAGGCACAGUGUUCCACCUAAGAGGUGUCCCAUCCAUGAUAUGAGGUGUCCAGAGGCACAGAGUUCCACCUAAGAUGUGAGGUGUCCAGAGGCACAGUGUCCCAUCCUAAAUGUGAGGUGUCCAGAGGCACAGUGUUCUACCCAAGAUGUGAGGUGUCCAAAGUUACAAUGUUUCACCCAAGAUAUGAGGUGUCCAAAGGCACCUGUCUCUCAUCCAUGAUGUGAGGUGUUCAGAUGCACAGUGUUCUACCAAAGAUGUGAGGUGUCCAAAGGAACAGUGUUCUACCAGAGAUGUGAGGUGUCCAAGGCACAGUGUUCCACACUUAUUCUAAGAUAUAUUGCCACGUUGGCGUUCCACACUUGUUAAGACAUAUAUGGCCACAUUUGUUCUGAGAUGUAUGGCCACAUUCCACCAUGUAAGAUAUAUGGUGCCAACAUUCUUCUCCUUAAUGUCUCAUGUGGAGUGUCUCUUUCCUCUCUUUGUAUGCCAUUCACUGUUGAUGGGUUGGGCAGUGCUUUUGCGCCAUUAAUUUAUGACAUUGUUUGUGUUCCAUGUGCAAUUAAUAUAUUUUUGUCAUGGUGCCCACUCUUGCUAUCCACUCUUGGCGCAUUAUGUGUUACUUUAUGCAUUAAAUCCAAAGCAAUAAUACACAUUUAUCCUAUUGUUGCUUUUAAAUGUGAAUUGUGCAGAGUCUGUACAUUUUAAUACACAAUGGGUGGGCAUCCUCUGUCUCUUGCUUUCCCUUGCUAUUGUCAGUUGUGAGUGAGGAUGUGUGUGUGCAAUAUUUUCUGGCUUGUACCACCUUGAUAGACAAGAAUUAUGUGCGCCCUCCAGGCUCCUUGCCAGGCACCCUGGCUUCUUCUGCUCGGUGGGCUCCAGGCUGAGGUAGUAGGUUGUAUAGUUGAGGAUAACACCAAAGGAGAUAACUGUACAGCCUCCUAUCUUUCCCUGGGGCUUUGCCAUAACAACAAAGCCUCUACCACCUCCCCGGCCAUGAUGGAGAACUGAAAAACACAAAGAGAAGCGUCCAUGUAUCAGUCACCUGACUGCGAAGAGUGCACUUUGCACAAGGGAUGGGUAUGUUCUUGGGAAGUAAAAGCAGGUGGUGCCAGACUGAAUGAAUGGAGAAGAGGAGGCUGACGUGUGGUGGUCAAGCUAUGAGGUUGAGGUUAAACAAGCAGAUAGAGGACAAAGAUGUGUUGCUAAGUGGUAUGGUUGUAGGUGAGCUUAGGAACAGAUCCAAGGUUUUGAACGUGUCCUUAUUGAGCUUUUGAUGGGGGAGGAGGUUGGAGGUCUUAUCUCAACGCCAUAGUAAGAGAAGGAUAUACGCAAAACAAUGGGUCUUAUGGCAAUAAGGCAAGAGUAGCUCAUCAGACAUUAUUUUUUCCCACUCACAGUCCAUUAGCUUGUCCCUGUCCCUGCAUUACACAUAUAAACAUUUAACAGCAUCAGAAUCUCUACUGUUGACUGUUUCUUUCUUCUGCUAGGGAUUCCUGGCACAAAGUGCCAUAUUCAUCCGCAGUGUCACUCUAGUCAAGCAUUGUCUGCCCGUGACACCAUGCAGGGGGAGGCUGCAGGUUUUCUCAGUGACCAUGUCGAUCUUAUUCCUAGAGAUGUUCUAAAGCGCCCCCAGCUGUUCCGUGUGUAAUUAUGCACAACAGCACUUCUAACCAGACUCUAGUCUUGCAGUGCCCUCUACAGGAACAUCUGCUGCGUGACCACCGCUUGGAUUGUCCCUGCCCCUCCAUCAGCUGUUCCCUGAUACCCAGACACUUAAAGAUGCACAUACAGUUACAGACAAACACAAUCACAUGAUAUCUGGAGUGUUUAUUGGGGUGUGGAUAACAGCCAGCAAAUACACCCAAUAUGUAGGUAUCUCCAAAGAAUGAGAUAACAUAAAUUCCUGCCCCCAAGACCCUCAUAGUGCACAGCCGGCAUUUCUCUUUGGUAAAUAAUUAUACACAGCUAUGGCACAAUCCUACAGACGUGUCCAUUCUGUAUAAGCUUCAUUAGGUAUUGGCAUGAAUUCACUUGGGAUGUGCAUCACGGAAAUACCCCACAGUUAUCCGCAAAUACAGUCUCACCAUUUGGGGAGGAGGCAGGAGAAUGCAGGAGCUGCCAGACUCACACUGGGACUCCUUCCUACAAUCAAAUGCACGAACAUAUGUCAGCAACAGGCAUGUAAACUACUCAUCUAUUUACAUAUCUGCCUUUCUACAUGCACACGUAGAGCAGCCAGCGUCUAGACAGCAACACAUCAGUUACUGUGUCCAUCCAGACAUGGUUUUGGUAAUCACACCUAAAGCUAUUUAAAGCGCACCUCUCAGUAGGAUAGGUAUCGUAUGAUAAAGAUUUAUGUCAUGUGUGUGUAUUUUAUUUAAAGAUUUGUAUUUAUAUUUGCUCUUUUCCAACCUGAAAUGUUUUUUAAUGUAACUAUUAUAUUAUCAUUUGAACCCUACUGUCGCACUGCUGGGCUUCUGUCUGUCAGCACUGAGCGCGACAGACAGACAGAAGGGUAGAUAAGACAGACGAUGGGGAAAUAGAGCUAGACAAACGGAUAUAUGGAUAACACAUAGGUAGCCAGGUAUUAUAGGCACACCAGACCUAACUGAACCCUGGGUUUCCUUGGAUGUCUGGAAGUAGGGAUUGCCCGACCUAUCAGUCUUCAUUUCUAAUAUGUUUUUAUAGAACAUUUGUGGAAGGUUCAAUUAUGUAGCAAUACACUGAGCUCUGUCUGUAUGUCUA